ACAAUCAAUGAGUGAAUACGGUGAAAACAAUAUUUAUUCGUUGAUGGACAACGACUCCACCACCAACCAGAUAUGGAAGCUUUAUAAUAAGGCCAAGGACUCGUUGCCAUAUCGAACAAGAAUGGAAAAUCUCACCUGGAGAAUGAUGCAUAUCAACUCCCAAAAGCACAAACUAAAACCCAUCUUAGAUCCUUCAGCUGAUGACUUUGAUUAUAUCGCUCACAUCAAGAAGAUGGGCCAAGAGCUGUCCGAAUAUAGCCAGAUUCUUCGAUUUGGAAGUCAUCUUGAAUUCCCAUCUCUGGCCAUGCUGGACCUGAUGGAAACCGAUAACAUAGUUUCGUCCAAUACUCAUCCUAUACUGCACCAUCGACCCAGCCAUAGCUUCCAAGGAUCCCAAUCAGCAAAGGGCCUCCAUAACUUCAAUUCCAACCAUAUGCACGACACUCCCCAUGAUCAAAUGAAUAGUUUUGCUCCUGACUCAGCUCAUCCGUCGCAGUGGAUGGACAACGGACACUUGCAAGAAACAACCACCCAUACGCCAGACUUCAAUAAUUUCCAUAACCCGCUCCAUAGUGACUUCUCGUCGUCGAUGCCAUCUCAUGAUCAUGCUUUGGGCCACCAGAACUUGAACCUUAUCCAGUCCCAAACAUUGGAGUUUGAUGACUUUGACCUUGGACCCGACUUUAAAGACUUGGAGUUGGAGUUGCACUCACACCAAAAUAGCAUCGUCAACUUGAGUGAACUUAAUCCUGGUCGCGGUGCUCCCCUGCUUCAACAUACUUCCAGCUUGGCCAAUAUUCAUGAUCAACAAGCAAAAAAGCUUCGUGCCAUUCCUGUCAAACCCCUGUCAUCCUCAGCCCAUCAAUCACCCACCCAUCCCAUGUCAUCUUCCUUACCCAAUACAUCUUCGUUGACUAAAUUCCACUCGCCCUUGCACUUUGAUGAUCUUAACUACUUUGACAACUUCAACAAGGAACAAAAGUUUGAUAUGAACCUGCUGUUGAAACCAAAGGCCAAGCGUACAAAGACCAAGAAACUUAAGUCUGUAAGUCCUGAUUCGUCCACUGCCAAUAAUGGUUCUUCCAACGGUGCUUCGAACGGAAUGGGUUCUGCUAAUAGGAGCUCUAAUGCAGAUUUACUGAACCAAAACGUCUCAUGUACCAAUUGUCAUACUAAAACCACGCCGUUGUGGAGAAGAAAUCCCGAGGGACAACCCCUUUGUAAUGCUUGUGGAUUGUUCCUCAAGUUACAUGGAGUGGUAAGACCUUUGAGUUUGAAGACAGAUGUGAUCAAAAAGAGACAAAGAAACUCCAACUCGUCCAAGAAAAUCACGGUUCGAGAUGGUGAUGACUUGAAUCCUACAAGCGUGAUAGGAGGAGUGGGUGGGCCUCCGGCUCCCCAAACUCAGGGUGAAAGAGACAAAAAAUCCCCAAGAAAAAGAAGACCCGUCAACAUCCCUAAUACCCCUGCCAACGCUGGUAUUGCCUCUGGUGCAAAUAGUGCUAAUAUCGCCCAGUCAAACACCUCGUCUAUGUCUGCUAGUUCUUUUGGCUUGGGCAUGAACAUGCAUACUCCUAACACCAACAGUUCGACUCCUGCGUCAAGUGGUAUGAAGAAAGAGGAAGAUUUGCACCCAAUUAAUGAGAUGGACGAUGCGUAUUUGAACCUGGAGUACGUUCCUGAUGACAACUUAGACUGGUUGAGCAUGGCUUUGUAAGUCCUUAGAGAUGUUCAAAUCUACUAAAAGCUUCAUUUCCUUAAAAAGUUACACGACACCUCAGUUGAGCUCUGUACAUUAAUGAUAAUUUCUAAUUUUCACUUCAAAACUGUAUAUUAUUUUAGAUGAACCCUUUAUAGACUUGAAUGCGAUAUUUCAAUCUUUUUCUCUCAAAUGACUUCCACUGCAUAUAUUUCAGAUAUAGAUCUUGGCCAUGUCAAGGUCUCGAUCGAGUACUGCAACAAGUGUAAAUGGCAGAAUCGGGCCGUUUGGUAUAUGCAAGAGUUGUUGAUGACAUUCGACGGCAAGAUCAAUGAGAUUUCAUUAUUGCCCAAUAACGACAAGCCAGGAACCUUUAGUGUGUCGCUAAAAACCGAUAAAUCCAACAAGAUAAUUUACAAGAAGCGGAUGAAAAAGACUAAAGACAAGCAGGAUGAACCGUGGUUCUAUGACGGGUUUCCCGAUUCCAAGUUUUUAAAGGUUUUAAUCAGAAAUGAGCUAUUUCCUGGGGAUGACUUGGGACAUCUCGACCGAUACCAGAACUUUACUCUCAACGAUGGGGCCACUGGAAAGGUGGAAGCGGCUCCAAUAGAACCAGUUGAGUGUAAGGAUUGUCAGGUAGAGCAAUAAUGAUCUGAUUUCUCGUUAACUAUAUAAACAUAAUGAAUACUUAAUGACUUCUACAUCUCAGUACUAGACUGCUACGAUGCUCUAAAGUUCUUCACCCGCCUUAGCUAAUCCACUUCCUCGAGUGAAUCCCAUCCGUGUACCACGUAUGGUAAAGAACUCCCAAGAAGUCCAAAGUAAAGCUGAUUGUUGGGCAACCCUAACAACGACUGAUACUGCCGUACCACAAACGUAGGACUCACGUUCUUGAUGUUCCCACCAGUUUCAUGGUUCUUUCUGGCGGCCACAAAGUUGAUAUCCUUGGUGAUCUGCUUCCACUUGUAUUUUUCACCCGUCACUAAGAGCUGCUUCAAGGUGUGAAUCUCCUUGGGGGUGAACCUGGACCCAGGUCCGGUUCCAGACACCGCCCCGCUGGCAGAAGGGUUUUGGCUCUGGGCGUACGGCUGAUUGUAAUACUGAUUCAUGGGCACCGCAAUUUGGGGUAACAUGGGUUGUUGUUUGUACUGGUAGUCAUAACCUCCAUUUGCUGACUGAGGUUGGGAUGGUUGUGACAGAGUCUGGGACUGGGGAGCAUUAACAACCUGUCCGUUUGUGUGUUGUCCAUGAGCAUGUUGUAUCAUUUGACUUUGUGGUGGCAUGGUUUGCACGCCUUGCAUUUGUUGAAUUUGCAGACCAUGAUUUUGCUGAUGCUGUUGAUGGGGUUGAUGUUGUUGCUGAGAUUGGUGUAUAGGUUGUUGACCCGGCGUGGCCGACUGUUGGUUGAACUGAGGUAAAUAAUAAUUGGUGUUCAUGGAUAACUUUGAAAAAUACAACACCUGGAUGUCCCCAAAAUAAAAAGGAAGAGUCCUCGACCCGCCUCUGUUUCGAU